GCGUUCUAUAGUAACAGUAGGUGCUACAAGCGGGUCCCUGUGUUUCUCUAUCACAUACGUUCAGCGUUCAGUGAGUGUACGAGUAUAUUAUAUACUUAACAUAAAAAUUGUGAGUUUUGUGAAAACGGUACGAUAUUUCGUGUUGAAAUGUUACAGCUGGCAGCAAUGCUGGUGUUUAACCCUCACUAAACAUGUGGUUUGAUCCUCAGGUAUGCCCUAAUCAAGUUGCCAUUGGGUAUUUUUGUUAGAAGAAAGAUUGAACCAUACUCCGAUUAAAGAACUGUGCCAUGAUGGGUGUGCAGGCGACGACAGGACAAGCGGCUGGCGGCGGAGGAUGUAAGAGGAAACUAGAGGCGGCGACGGCGCCAUCGGACUCGUCGACACCGGCGAAAACGGGCCGUUGGGAGGCGGACGAUUGCAUAGCGCGUCUCCAGGCCGUGGCGGUACCGGCGGCGGAUGCUUGGCGAACGCCGACGCCGUCGCUAGCGGCCUCGUUGCUCACCACCACCGGGAGCUCGGGGACGGCCGGUACCAACGGCGGCGUUACGACGCUGGACGAUGAUUUCGAUGACGAGGAGUUCGACGACGAGCUGUCGGACGACGAGAAGUGCGGAGGCGGCGUUCCGGAGCCGGCUAGGUUUACCCCGCACCAGUAUAGUAGGUUUCAAACCCAAACCGACUACUGGCAGUACUACCAACCCCCCCAACAGCAAACGAUCCGGUGCGAAGAAAACGGCAAGAGUUAUUUAGAGCUCGGUGCUUCCCCGCCGGCGCGAACGCGCUGCUGCGACGGCCGAACGCGAUGGUGCCACGUCCCCUGUUACCGACAAAGACGGUUGGCGGUGUUGAAUCUGUCCAUGUGCAAACUGGCGAGGUAUCGGCAGUGUUCGGACCCCUCGUUGAGGCGAUCGGUGCUCAUUUGCAAUACGCUGCGGAGGCUGGAAAGAGAAAUGGAGUCUGAACCGCCGGAGCCGAGUUAUCCAGCGUCGUUACCACCUUUGUCUCCCAUCACGGUACAAGAAACCAACUACGAACAAAGCCUAAGAGACAUGAACUGCUCGGGGAGGGCCACUCCCUUUCCUUCCAACCCCCCAGACAACGAUUCAGGCUUGGGCGAUGACGAGUCAACGAGGCCGAUCAAUUGGGGCUCCGUCCUCAGCUUGACGAGCCAAACGGACUUGGAAUCGCUGAACAACAAUGAACUUUACGCUGAAUUAGGACUUAGUAGUAGUGAAAAUUCAGAGUGGAAAGAAUCCGUUCGGACUGAGAAUGAGUGGGACGGGUUCAUGCACGUCCUAGUGGGGGGCACGUAGCAUUAGGCGGCUAAAAAUGUAUUAUAGGUCAGAUCUAUAAUGUUUUCUAAGAGAAGCGAGCACUUUAAACUGUGUUGAAUCGCGAACAAUUAUGAUCGAACAAAUUUCGAAACAGUUUGAAGGGUUUUUUUCUCUGACCAUGGUUGAUAUUUUUUCUGUGAACUGGCCUAUCAUCUCAGGUUGUGAUUUUUAUAGUUUAGAGAAAAUUAUAAAGACAUGGUGCGUUUGUGAACGAAUGUGCAGCUAGUUGUUGAUUAUGUUUUUAAAUCUUUGCUGUGCUAGAAGUUUUUUGUGCUGCAAAAUAAUUGAAAUAUGCAAUUUAAGCAUCAUUUUACGGUAAAAAUAAAUCUAUCAAAAAGGUUAUAUAGAUGUUAGUAUUCAGACCAAAAGGUUUUGAGUUGUAGCCGUGCAAAUAUGAAAAAUUGUUGCAUCUACUGCUCAGAAACUACUGAUUUGAAUACAGACAUUCCUAUAUACUUUUUAAUAGAGAAUUUAAUUGUUUAAAAUUUUGUAUAGUACUAUUUCUAUGGUACGGUUGCUAAGAAGCUACUUAUUCCCGAUUUAGAUACCCAAUUUACAUUUUUAAAUCAAAUGAAUCAAAAAUUGUUAAAAAAUAAAUGGUGCCGAUUUUAUUAGAAAUAAAAUUUAAAUAAAACGUCUUGGAUUAAAAAUUUUUUUGGUCAAAAUUUACAAAAAAAUAUCAAAAAUUUGCAUUUUGAUUCGGGAAAAAUACUGAUAUUUUACAGCUACAGAAAACUGACAGGCUUGGAAUAUACUUAAUUCAAAAACUGGUUUGAUGAUCUCUUAAUGCUCAAUUUGUCGAAACAUAGCACAGAAAAUAGUUUUGAAAUGGUCUGGCAGAAUCUUCUCGUUUUGAAAUUUAAAUUAAAAAAUUUUACCUUACUAAAUCGCCAAUUCACAACGGGAUAGAUCUGGUGAAUCUCAUGGCUAAAGCUGGAUUAAUAAAAACGGUCAAAUAAAAAACAACCAGAAUAACAGAGAUAUGAACGGUUGAGGACAUUUAAGCAGAUGAAAAGCUGACAAUCAAACUGAAUUGUAGAAGAACAAGUGUGGCAUCUUAAUAACAGGGCUCAAAUUAUUUUAAACAAUUCUUCUUAUUUUUAUAAAACAUUUUUUAGUCCAAUCAAAUAGACCUUUAAAUCAAAAUUUUGGAGGAAAUUUGGAGGAAUUUUUGAUAUAAGUCACGUUAGAGUAUUUGAAAACGAUAUGUAAAAAAAUUUUGUUUUUCAAGCACCGGCAAAUGUCAAAAAACAAGAAAAUAAAGUGUUUUUUUGAGGUUAUUUAAAAACGGUAGGUGCUAUAAAAAAAAGUUCUUAAUAAAAAUUGUAAAGCAUAAAGUUUUACAUAAAAAUGAUAUUUGACAUUUUUUGCUAUUAUUAAAACUGACAGAGUUAGGGUGGUUAGAAAUUAAGAGGAAAUAUAUAUUAAGAAAAAUUAUUUAUAACAAUUUUAAUUUCAAAAUUUUCAAUUAAUUAUACAAAUUUAUAUGGUAAAUUUUAAAGUAAACUUAUUAGCUUAACAUUUUAAAUAGGAAGGAAAAUGGGG